AUGGCAAGUCUUGGCUUAGAGCGAUGUUACAUGAUAAUGAACUUACUCUUUGUUCUAACAUUUGUUCUAUUGAACUCUGCUCAUUGUUUUAACCCAAAAGGUCUCAACGUUUCGGCUGUAGCGGGGGAGUCCGAUUGGUCUCUGGCCCGAGCUACGUUCUAUGGCCUCCCCACCGGUUACGGAACCGACGCUGGAGCGUGUGGUUACAAAAAUGCUGUGGCACAAGCUCCAUUUUCGUCCAUGGUAUCAGCGGGAGGUCCGUCGUUGUAUAAAUCGGGGAAAGGAUGUGGUGCAUGUUAUCAGGUAAAAUGCAAUUCGAACCAGGCGUGUUCGACGAAUCCAGUUACGGUAGUGAUUACAGACGAAUGUCAAGGAUGCGUCAAUGAGUCGGUCCAUUUCGAUUUGAGCGGUACAGCGUUUAGUGCGAUGGCCGUUCCUGGUCAAGAUAGUCAGCUUCGAGAUGCUGGAGUUUUGCAGAUUCUUUAUAGAAAAGUUGAGUGCAACUAUGUUGGCGAAACGGUGGUGUUUCAAGUGGAAGAAGGUUCAAAUGACUACUACUUCGCGGUUUUGGCUAAGUAUGUAAACGGAGACGGCGAGAUCGGCCUAGUUGAACUCAAACAAGCGUUAGCUUCUGACACAUGGCUUCCGAUGAGCCACUCAUGGGGUGCGGUUUGGAAGCUUGGAGUGACGUCACCUUUGCGAGCUCCACUGUCUCUCCGGUUGACUUAUUCAGACUCCGGUGAGACCGUUGUGGCUUCUGAUGUUAUACCGGCUGGUUGGCAGCCCGGUGCUAAGUACAAAUCGAACAAUGGGACUAUAAAUGCCGCUGGUUGGGCGAACGCUGGUGUUACUUGGUACGGUGAACCUGAGGGAGCUGGUAGCACCGGUGGAGCUUGUGGAUAUGGCGUGGCAGUGGCUAAUCCACCGCUAUAUGCGAUGAUUUCAGCCGGAGGCCCUUCACUAUUCAACAAUGGAAAAGGAUGUGGAACAUGUUAUCAAAUUAUGUGCACCGGGAACCCAGCGUGUUCAGGGAGACCAAUAACGGUGACGAUAACGGAUGAGUGUCCCGGUGGUCCUUGCACCUCAGAGCCAGUCCAUUUUGAUCUAAGUGGCAAAUCCAUGGGUGCCUUAGCCAAACCUGGGCAAGCCGGUAAUCUUCGAGCAGCUGGUGUUCUACGCGUUAAUUACAGACGUGCUGCGUGUUCAUAUAGUGGGACUAAGAUAGCAUUCCAUGUUGAUGCCGGAGCUAAUCCGUACUACAUGUCAUUUGUUGUGGAAUACGAAAACGGUGAAGGAGAUUUGGCCUCCGUUGAGAUUCAACCGGCCGGUGGAGGAUUUAUCUCUAUGCAAGAAAUGAGGUCUGCCGUGUGGAAGUUAAACUCCGGUAGUGCUAUGAGAGGUCCGUUCAACAUUAGACUUACAUCUGGUGAGUCUAAAAAAGUAGUGGUAGCUCAGGCUGUUAUUCCAGCGAAUUGGAAGCCUGGUCAGACGUACCGGUCAAUUGUUAACUUUUAG